UCUCCAUCAGUUAAACCUCAGCCUGUCCUCUCUGUGUCUCCAUCAGAUAAACCUCAGCUUGUCCUCUCUGUGUCUCCAUCAGAUAAACCUCAGCCUGUCCUCUCUGUGUCUCCAUCAUGGCUGAGUCCUGGAGCCUCGGUGACUCUGAGCUGUGGGGGGUUGGAGCAUCCAUCGGCAAGAUGGAGGUUCUUCUGGUAUAAAGUGGUUCCAACAAAAUCCAGCAGCUCCUACAGCUUAGAGCUGCUGACUGGCAGAACCAACUGGACUGAACAGAACUCCUACCUCAUUAAUGGACAGAAUCACACAGCAGGAUAUGUGUGCAGAGCAGGAAGAGGACAACCAGUGUUUUACACUAAUUACAGUGAACCAAAGUUUGUCUGGUCUGCAGAUUUUCAUCCAGAUUCUUCUCUCAGAGUGACUCCAGGCAAAGUUCAACAUUUUAUCGGUCAGUCCGUCACUCUGAGCUGUAGUGGGAACAACGAUAAGUGGAGACUGAGGAGGUUUACAGAAACAGCCAACCCAUCAUACAUUGCCUGCUCCAACUGGGGGGAAAUGACUGGAUCCUCAUGUAGCAUAAACAGACUCUGGGAUCACAGUGGAGUGUACUGGUGUGAGUCUGAAUCAGGAUGUUUUAGCAGUGCAGUUAAUAUCACUGUACAGGAUAAUUAUUAUAGUAUCAUCCUGGUGAGCCCCGUCCAUCCUGUGACUGAGGGAGAUCCUGUUAUUCUGAGCUGCAGAGAUAAAGAACAAAAACUUCUCUCCAAUGUGUUUUUCUAUCACAACAACAAACUGAUCCAUAAUGGCAGCAGAGGGGAGCUGAACAUCUCUGCAGUGUCAAAGUCAGAUGAAGGUUUCUACAAGUGUGAACAUUCAGGAAAGAAGUCACCACAGAGCUGGAUGGCUGUUAGAGCUAAACCUCAGCCUGUCCUCUCUGUGUCUCCAUCAUGGCUGAGUCCUGGAGCCUCAGUGACUCUGAGCUGUGGGGGGUUGGAGCAUCCAUCUGCAGGAUGGAGGUUCUUCUGGUAUAAAGUGGUUCCAAUGAAAUCCAGCAGCUCCUACAGCUUAGAGCUGCUGACUGGCAGAACCAACUGGACUGAACAGAACUCCUACCUCAUUAAUGGACAGAAUCACACAGCAGGAUAUGUGUGCAGAGCAGGAAGAGGAGAACCAGUGUUUUACACUGAAUACAGUGAACCAAAGUUUGUCUGGUCUGCAGACUCUCAUCCAGCUGCUUCUCUCUCAGUGACUCCAGACAGAGUUCAACAUUUUAUCUAUCAGUCUGUUACUCUGAGCUGUAGUGGGAACAACACUGAGUGGAGACUGAGGAGGUUUACAGAAACAGGUGGACUAUCAGACAUUCACUGCUCCAACUGGGGGACAAUGACUGGAUCCUCAUGUUCUAUAAACACAGACUGGUCUCACAGUGGAGUGUACUGGUGUGAGUCUGGAUCAGGAGAUUUUAGCAACGCAGUCAACAUCACUGUACAGGAUAAACAUUAUAGUAUUAUCCUGGUGAGCCCCGUCCAUCCUGUGACUGAGGGAGAUCCUGUUACUCUGAGCUGCAGAGAUAAAGAACAAAAACUUCUCUCCAAUGUGUUUUUCUAUCACAAUAACAAACUGAUCCACAAUGACAGCAGAGAGGAGCUGAAGAUCUCUGCAGUGUCAAAGUCAGAUGAAGGUUUCUACAAGUGUGAACAUUCAGGAAAGGAGUCACCACAGAGCUGGAUGGCUGUUAGAGAAAAUGUUUCCACUCCUGUCAGCUCUUUCUUCCAUGUGAUGCUGAUCAUUCGGUCAGUUGUUGGACCAGUAAUUCUUCUCAUUAUUCUCCUAUUAUUGUGGCGCUGCAGAUGCUCAAAAGGUUCUCAGAGUCCUGCUGCAACAGAUGAGAUGCUUUAUUCAGAGACUGGAUGAGAAACAAUUCUGGAUAACAAUGCUGCAAUGGAGAAUGCAACCAAAAUUAGUUUACACUGAAGCAAAUGGAAACAACUCAGCAAUCCACUGUAAAAAGCAGAAC